AUGACUCAGUCCAAGGCCGACAAGAUCGCCGAGGUUCAGGCCAACCUGCCUAAGCCCGAAGACCCCCCUGUCAAGUCUGACUGGAACUCGGCUGAUCCCUCCACUGUCAAUGUUGGCUCCGGCCGCACUGAGACCGACAUCUCGACCGGUGCCGGCUCAAUUUCCGGCCUGCGUGAGCCCGCCAGCUCCGGUGACGUUGACCUAAGCAAGGUCGGCCGCCAAGGCAAGGACAACCUGUCGGGUCCUCCCAAGGAUGCUGCCGCAUAA